CGCCUCCAAACAGACCGCAAUAAAAACAACCCUUACUCUAAUAUUUAUCUUUUGUUUUGUGACCAGCGCGACGGAGAUUUUUAUUAUUACUAUUCCCAUGCGAUUUAAUUGCAUUCUAGAUUGGGUGCACGAUUCCAGCUCGUGCUUCAAAUUAAAAUUCAAAUCACCGAAAAUGAGCUGAUAAUAUUCAGACAUAACCAAGAAAGAAUGUCAUUUCUUUUGAACACUGAGGAACCUGUUUACCUAAAUGACAACGAGACAAGAAACUCGUUUCUUUCCGAAGAUGAAAAUGAUGACUACAAUUUUAAGUACGUACCUGCAAAUCACUUUAAGUAUAUAGUAAAGGAUGUACGCAGACAAAGAUGCAGAGAGGAGGAAGAGAAUAUAUGGGCUUCGUUUGUCAAGCAACAAGAGUUACAUAAUUUAGUAUAUAAAAAAAAUAGCAUUCAUCCAUCUAUCCAAAGCAUUAAGGAACUAUUGGAUGAAGGUAUGAAAGAAGCAGAUAAAGAACUUAAAAGACUAGAGACAGAUAUUUUGUUGGAUGAAGCAAAAAAAGAACAUGAUAAAGCUGAAAAUGUCCAAAAAAGAAGAUCGGAAGUAAAUAAUAUCAGGGAUCAGUCUGCAAAAAAAAUACCAAUUACGAGAGAUACUGGAACAGGCAGCACUAAUCUGCUUCUUACAAUACCUGAAGAAGAAAAUAUUUCCUCCCGCCACAAGAAACAAGAAACUGAAAAUUUCAAAUCAUAUACUAAAAAAUCUUGCUCCAGUCAUGCAGUAGGGCAAAAAAGACAACAACCUCGGAAGCAGCUGCUUCACACAAUCAAUGGUACAGAGUAUAACUCCAGUCCUGAAAUCAGUACGCGUCGAAAUGAUGUGGGUGGAGCUAUUUGUGCACGACCAGAUCCAUUUAUCAUGCAGAAGAUUUUAACGAUGCAAAGGAGGGUCUGUGAACUGCUGGAUGAAAUUGUACUGCGACUAGGAAACAUUCCAGUGCCAGAUGGCAUUAAGGAUCUACAGAGGCGGCAGCAAUGCGUCGCAGAAUUCGUCGUGCGAUUCUCAAGAAAUUACUUGUAUGAUCUUAACAGAUACGUCAAAGACAUCCAGAGGCAUAUGUGCGUUAUUUCACCACGCGCGAGAGUAAAACCGAAUCAGAGGAGUCUAGGACUUCAUAUGCAUGCCAUCGAGCAUAAGCUACUUGCCGCUCAUCAAUUACUACUGCAUGCAUUAAGCGCUUACUGCAAACACAUUCCUAGUUCAACUUUUAAAGGUCAUCCAGGCAAAUUUAGAGAAAUACUUCAAGUAGUUAUUGAUCUGAAGACCAUGUGCGAUAGACUUCACUUAAACACGAAUUAUCUUGACUCGGGAGAUACUGAUAUUCUGACACUGGGAAAGGAUAUUGAAAGCAAAUGUAAUGCCAUUUUAUUAAAGUUAAAAUUGCAUUCAGAUAAUGAUUUUCCGCUUGACAGCAAUAAGACAUCGUCGAUGGCAUCCUUUACUUCGCAUUCAGCAAGCAAUAAAAAGCGCAUCGGUCGUAAACAGUUGCCUAAUCGUCUAAGUAUGUACAGUGCGGAUACGAAAAUUCCCAAAAGUAAUCUUAAACGGAGGACCAAUUACUAUCAUCAGAAUGAUAAAAAAUAUAAUAGGAUAGAUAUUAAGAGAAUUUCUGAUGAACCAAUAUCAGCAGAUCAGCCAUAUCCCAGUUCUAUAACACCCAUGUCGAGUGAGAAUGCCAGUCAAGCUGGAAUUCGAAGGCAAAGAGCAAAAUAUGCAAAAGAAGAGGAUAUAAAAACUAUGGUGGAUAUGACGUUACUCGCAGAUUCAGAUAAUGAUAGUAAUUUUGAGCUGCCAGAAAGUCAAGAUAAUGCAAUGCUCACAAGGAGACAGCCAAAAGCGCUAGGAAAAUUUUCAGGCAAGCUGCAAAAUGUAGAACAUUCAGAAACUAUAGAAGACAUUGUUAAAACCACUUCUACGAAUAAUGAUGACGAACUGAUAAGAAGAGUGACAAUGAUCACGGAGGAGCAUUUAUCCAAUUUGGUACCAGUUAUAGCAGACCUCAUGUCUUUUGUUUCUAACAAGCAAAGUGGAUCAGAGGCGAAACCAAUAUCAACAUCUUCUGCGAAAAUGUUGAUGGAGUUUCUGCAGAGGUAUCAGUCGCCGAAGAGCACGAACUCGAAAAUCAGCAUGAGCACAGGCUGUAAUGUGCAUCACUCUUCCAUGGAUAGCAGCCGUGAAAAUAUUAAAACAAACAAGACAACGCAGAAUGAAACGCAGAAGAGUAAACAGAACACGCGACUGAUUUGUAUAUCCUCGAUGGAUAGUGCAUCGAAAGAACCACGCUAUUGCGAUAUGUCGUGUCAAGUUAAUUGCGAGAACUUGAAAGAACUGCCCGAUUUUGAGGCGAAGAUGAUGGAAACGAUACGGACAAGAACAACGGAUGACUCGUUUAGCAACAUCGAACUCGUUGUUUCUGAAGAAACUGAAAUGAACUUUCUGAAGUAUAAACGCGAAUAUCAGCGUUUGACGCAAUCGAUUCCAAUGUACUCCAGCAAUACACAGAAUAAGCCCUGGGACAUUGUAGCUUGGAUAUCUAAUAAGCUCGUAGACGAGCUGAUAACAGAAAUUACGAAGGAGAUGGAAAUGGACGAUACCAUACAUAAACUCUACGAGUUGGAAUUCCAAGAAUUGUAACGUUUCUUACGUGUGUUUGACUGUGAAAAACGUAAAUCAAGAUUAUAUUGUAAAUUUGGGAUAUUUUAUAUACGUCAGUUUUUUUUUUUUAAAUAAAAUAUUGAUUUCUUAUA